UAAGUUAGCUGCCAAGAGGUCCUAUUUAGCCUGGGAGAAAUUCGGUGUUUUUUCAGGAGGGAAACUUCGCAAGGUUUUGUCCCGAGUCAGAUACGAUUACCACUGAAAAAUAAAAAGCGAACGGUUCAUAAAGUAAUAUACAUUUUUAAUCGUACAGAAGGAGCCACGAGUCAUGUCUGGUAUCGCCUUAAGCAGACUGGCGCAGGAGCGCAAGGCCUGGCGGAAAGACCACCCUUUCGGCUUUGUGGCCGUGCCGACCAAAAACCCCGACGGAACCAUGAACCUGAUGAACUGGGAGUGCGCCAUUCCUGGAAAGAAAGGGACCCCGUGGGAGGGCGGCCUGUUCAAGCUGCGGAUGCUCUUUAAGGACGACUACCCUUCGUCUCCCCCCAAAUGUAAAUUUGAGCCUCCGUUGUUCCACCCCAAUGUUUACCCCUCUGGUACAGUGUGCCUCUCCAUUUUAGAGGAGGACAAAGACUGGAGGCCAGCCAUCACCAUCAAGCAGAUCCUGUUAGGAAUCCAAGAACUCCUGAACGAGCCCAACAUCCAGGACCCAGCCCAGGCAGAGGCCUACACCAUUUACUGCCAGAACAGAGUAGAAUAUGAAAAAAGGGUCCGAGCACAAGCCAAAAAAUUCUCACCAUAAAACGUCAAA